AUGGUUAACGAUGACAUAAGUGGAUGGGCAGUAAGUGGUGCUGAGCAUAAUGUACAAGCCAAACUUCGUUGUCUCACUGACGGUUUAUUGAAAGAACGCCUAUUGAAUGAUGACAAUUUAAUAACAGAAAAGACCAAUGUGAAAAAAUCAGUAGUAUUCUUUAUCGACGAGGUGCAUGAACGUUCGAUAAAUAUUGAUUUAUGUUUGGCAUUAUUUGCACGACUCUUAAAAUUGAAACCUGAAUUAAAGAAGAAAAUGAAAGUAAUUAUAUCUUCUGCUACUUUGGAUUCAUCAAUUCCAACAUUGUAUCGAAACAUCACUGGUUAUUUUAUAGAUAAAUUUAAUUUAGCAUCAUUAUCGAAACUAGACAAUGUGACUGACAAUGAUGCAUCAAAAGAACAUCUACUAGAUCUUGUACAAAAAUUGUAUAGUAUACGGAAUCGACAUGAUCAAAUACUUUGUUUUGUUGGUUCAGCAUUGGAAGCAGUAGAAAAUUGUCGAUCAUUAAAUAAGAUAACAAAAGGUGCAAUUGUUGCAUAUCCUCUCAUACAAUCACAGUCUGCUAUUGAUCAACAAAAAUUUAUUGAACAAGGAACUGUCUUUUUCUCAACAACAGUUGCCGAAACAUCGUUGACAUUUCCAUGUUUAAAAUAUGUUAUUGAUACUGGUUUGAUCAAUAUGCCUGUAUAUAAUUUACAAUUAGAAAGAACUGAAUUACGAGAAAUAAAAGCACCUGAAUCAACACUUAAACAACGACGCGGUCGACUUGGUAGAACACAACCUGGUGAAUACUAUGCACUAUAUAACGAUGUACCUAAUGAACGAAAAAAGUAUCCUGUACCACAAAUAUGUCAAUCAGAAUUAGUUAAUGUAGAAUGUGCUUUACGAAGAUCUCGACUAAAAACUAGUUUGAAAGAUUUUCAACAAUAUUUACCUGAUAAACCAGAAAAGGAAUAUGUGGAUGAUGCUUUAACACAACUACAACAAUUAGGUCUCAUGAACUCUUUUUCAACUGCAAGUUUGACUAAUCUUGGUGCAUCAAUUGCCAAACUACCUGAUUUUGGCUCUUUACCAAUGUCGAAAGCUGUCUAUGCUGCAUUAAAACAAUAUCGUUGUGGUCAUGAUUUGAUUGUUUUAUCAUCGAUUUUGUCUGUUCUUAACACAUCAACCAUACUGAAGUCAAUUCCAGCUAAAUAUAAACGUUCAGAAGGAGAUUUUAUGACACUUUUACAAGUGAUGAAUGUCAUUUUAACAGUUCGUAAUGCUGUUCCUUCUCAACAAUUCAACGUAGAUCAUGUUUGUAAUAAUAAAGGAUUAUCUGCUGUUGCUCAUGUAAUUAAACGUGCAUUACAACGAUACAAAAAUUUAGAUAAAGCUUUCAGUUUAUCAGAUGAAUUCCGUGAACUUGCUCGUGUUCAAUCUGACAAUUGGGAAAAUAUUGCUAAAGCUUUAUUGAAUGGAUUUUCUGAUAAAUAUGGCAUCAAUCAACGAAGAUCACAGAAUCAACAGCAAGAUACAUUGAAUGAGACUGCUGAAAUUGCAGUUAUUGAUAGAUCUUCAACGUUAAGAACUGGAAAUAAAGGAGCUUUACCUGCAUCAUUGGUUAUAGCUCGAGAUGUUCGUUAUUUAACAACUGUACGUUCAGUUUCUAUUCUUUCAUUUGUUGGACAACUUGAAUCAUCAUGGUUAGAAUACAUUUUUGAGCGUGAAUUACAAUUAAAUGAAGCUGAAGAAAAAAUUAAAAGAUGA